CAAGGGGUCUGAAUACUUUCCGAAGGCACUGUAUGUGAUUACAUUGGCAAAAUUGUGAAGAAGUGGAAUAAUAAAAUAAGUUUGAGGAAUAACAGUAGUGUUCUUCUUGACAAGCACGGUAAUUACCCUAUAUUUUAGCCCACUGUUAAGAAUGAGAAUUGUUCCCCAGAUCAGACUAAAUAAAGUAAAUAGGUAAUACAAUCUCCUACAAUAUAAUCUCCUACAAUACAAACCCUAACCAAAUACGUUGUCUAUGAAUUGUCCCCCCUUUAGAAACAAACUUACACUUUCGGGUUCACAAUCUGUUUGACAAAAAAAAAAUUCAGAGUUUGAAAUCAGGUCACCCUACUGUACCAAACGUCUCCUGCUGAAACAUAGCGUAGGUCUGUCUGCUGCCUUUUCGUUGUCACAGCCUACAUGCCAAUCACCAAACGAGGGGACUAAUGCAAGUGUGCAUUAAAUCGACUUUAGUACAUGCAGUCAAUAGGCUACAUUCUACAAUAGGGAUGAGAGUAAUAGCAACCUAAUUGUGUUGACAACAUUGCACAUAAAACAGCGCUAACGUGCUGCUCUUUGUACAGUUGUAUACACUCAGCAGAGAACGUUCUCUCUCCAUUCAACGCAAAGCUAAUCUUAAGGGGCGUUUCUUUAAAACAUGCAUCCAAUCUUCUUGAUCCCUUACAUAUCUAGACCAAUCAUAUGCUUCCAUUGGUCGCGGUUCUCAGCGCUGUGGCAAGACAGGACAGUGAUAGAGGUUCUGCUCGUGAUGUUAAAUUGCAGGCGCAUAUGCUCCGAUUUCAAAACGAUUUUGAACACAGUUGAAAAGUUAACGCGCUGACUAUAUAAUGGACUAAUUAGAAAAAUAAAAACAGUACUUUUCAAUGUGUGAGAAAUAGGAGGUUUGCCAUGAGAGAAGAGGGUCAAAUGCGUGUGUCUCACGGUCAAUGCAUAAAUUGCCUGCUUUGGUGAACUGUGUUCGUAACAGAUUCUAGUUUUUCGAACAGAAAAAUGAAUUGAGAUCAGAUGUUUCAUCAAUGACAAAAAUAGAAGAAUAUCGGCCCAGUUUCACCUAGUUCCAUCCUCUCCCACUACUGGACUUCCUCUCACUACCAUAUUUGGUGGUGAGAAAACGUUUUAAAUGGAUGCUUCAGCUUUAUAGCCCCUGUGAUAUGUCUGGGUUACCCCUUCUGUCUGUGCUUAUACAUGUCAUUGUUGAAUACUCUUUUCUGAUUGGCUUGAAGGGGAUUCUAGAGUGCAUUAUUUCCCUAUAAGGCACGGUAUAUCAGCAUGAUAUAAUUCAAUGGCUAUUGCUUAUGAAAGCAAAAGUGAUUUGAACACAUUUGAAAACAUUUCUAGGCACACAUUUGUAAAUGCAUAGCUCUUGUAUAAAAGGGAUAAUCAUCUCGAGGCUCUAUGUGUUCUCUGGAAAAUAAUGCAACUUUGUGGAGGGUUCCACCACCCCGCAAGUGCGUCAUGGAACACAUCUUUCACGUCGUUCAUUAUUUUUCAUAGACGCAUAGCCCCUCCUUGAUUAUUCCUUACAUAAUUGUCUAUCCCACCAUCAAUGUACCACUAAAGAAAAUUCAGAACUGGUUAAAAAAAAUCAAUGUCACUGUAGCCUGCUCUAAAACGCAUUAAUAAAUGUACCGGUAGGCAAUAGUGAAUGUAUCAUAGCAUACGGAACGUGCAGUGCGCAGGAGCGGUGAAGGGGAAAUCGAGGGGAAAGAACGAAGCAGCCGCUGUCGGAUUCUUAUUGCAUGCGUCCAUAAGAACACCAGUAAAAUUCCACCAGAAGAGGAAAAGGGGGACAGGAAAGACAGCUUGCAGGCAUCAUCGUUAAGAGGGAACCACAUAAGUACGACCGGACAGUAAAUUGUUCCACGAAUCCAUUAUUUCCCAUCAUAUUCCACUGUCAUAGAUGUGAAUGCAGAUCCUAUGUGCGCACGCAGGAGCACAAAGCGGAGGUUUGGGAACCAAAUUGUGUCCAACACCAACACUGACAUCGGAUGUGCAGUAUGUAUGGAGCGGUUUCAUUUUGACCACGGCUUAUAAUCACAGUAACCAACGAUUCAUUAAUAAUUACCGACAACAUCUUAAUUGCUUGAUGGGGCGUGGAAACAAUUUUAACUUUUAACCCAAGGUGUGAACUUCACAGAUGAGGACAGUGUUGAGCCAACCUGCAUUGAUUGCUCUAGCCUGGGAGGGCAAUGAUCAGCAGCGACGCACCAAAUAAUAAACUGUUCAAAACCUGAACUGCGACGGACGCGUUUGGUUAGAAGAUGAUCCUGUGCGUAAUUGUUUUUUAGCAGACUGCUUUUCGGAUGAAGAUCUGUUUGUAGUGAUUGAAGUGAGAUCAUUCCUCUCUAUUUUCAUGGAUUUGAAGUGCAGUAGUAGUAACAGUAUGUGGAGAGAGGGGACAGUGCAUGAUUAGUUCGUUACAGAACGUACUUUCCUCGCCUUAUUUCCAAUUCCGAGAUAUUGUCCACAACAUUAGGCCAAUUACUGCAACUACAACGAAGUCCUGUACAGAAAUAGACUUUAUAUUGAACCCUUCAGAUUAUUUCUCUCGCGGCUGUCAUCGUAGUAUGUCUGCACUUCGAAAGAAAUUUGGGGACGAUUAUCAGGUAGUGACCACCUCAUCCAGCGGGUCUGGAUUCAACCAGCCGGCACCAGAGAAGAAGAAGAAGAGGCAACGCUUUGUGGACAAGAACGGGCGAUGUAACGUCCAGCAUGGAAACCUGGGUGGUGAAACCAGUAGAUACCUUUCCGAUUUAUUCACUACGCUGGUCGAUUUGAAAUGGCGCUGGAAUUUAUUUAUCUUCAUCCUAACAUACACGGUGGCAUGGCUCUUCAUGGCAUUCAUGUGGUGGAUCAUAGCCUACAUCAGAGGAGACCUCCAUCGAACCCACGAUGACAAGUAUACGCCAUGCGUUGCCAAUGUCUACAACUUUCCCUCCGCGUUUUUAUUCUUCAUAGAAACGGAAGCCACAAUAGGAUAUGGCUAUAGAUAUAUCACGGACAAAUGUCCCGAGGGGAUCAUUCUCUUUCUUUUCCAGUCAAUCCUGGGAUCAAUCGUUGAUGCUUUUUUGAUUGGCUGCAUGUUCAUUAAGAUGUCCCAGCCCAAAAAAAGGGCAGAGACUUUGAUGUUCAGUGAACAUGCAGCUAUUUCGAUGCGAGAUGGAAAACUAACUCUCAUGUUCAGAGUCGGCAACCUGCGUAAUAGCCAUAUGGUCUCCGCACAGAUCCGCUGCAAAUUGCUGAAAUCUCGUCAGACGCCCGAAGGUGAGUUUCUUCCACUGGAUCAGUUGGAAUUGGAUGUGGGCUUCAGUACCGGGGCGGAUCAGCUCUUCCUGGUCUCACCACUCACUAUCUGCCAUGUGAUUGACACUAAAAGUCCAUUCUACGAACUCUCCCAGAGAUCCAUGCAAACAGAGCAGUUUGAAAUUGUGGUCAUAUUGGAAGGAAUAGUGGAAACCACUGGGAUGACUUGCCAAGCGAGGACUUCUUACACUGAGGACGAGGUUCUAUGGGGACAUCGUUUCUUCCCAGUCAUCUCUCUGGAGGAGGGGUUCUUUAAGGUGGACUACUCCCAGUUCCACGCCACGUUUGAGGUCAACACUCCCCCGUACAGCGUGAAGGAGCAGGAGGAAAACCUGCUCAUAUCCUCUCCUCUCAUGGCCCCAUCCCUGUGCAACAGCGGCGAGGGGGGGAGGAACAGCUCCAUGGACUGCCUGGAGACCCUGGAGGACAAGGAGAGCACCACCACCAAGCUGCCGUCCAAGCUGCAGAAGAUGCAAGGGGGCGGCUGUGGCCGGGACGGGCUGCCCAUGCCUAGGAAGCUGCUGAGGAUGAGCUCCACCACAUCGGAGAUGAUCUACCCCGGGAGCAUGGGGGAGCUGCCCAUGAAGCUGCAGCGCAUCAGCUCCGUCCCCGGCGUCUCCGAUGAGAAACAGGUGAACAAGAUGGCCUCCAAGAUCAGCUCCGAUCACAUCAGCCAAUCCGUGGCAGACUUGCCCCCCAAGCUGCUAAGGAUGCAGGGGGGAGGGGGAGUAGGGGGCCGAAUGGACGGACACCUGCCCCCGAAACUCAGAAAGAUGAAUUCCGACCGCUUCACGUAGAAUGGGCGACCAGUUUUAACUUAUUACACCCCAACCCUUUAUUAUUUAUAAUUUAUUAAAGGACAUGAUUCUUAUAUUCAAGAAAAUGUAGUAUAUAAAUACGUACAGAUAAAGUAUACCUUGAUAGAAUACCGCAGAUUUGUUCCUGGAUAUAAGUAUACAGGCUAUGAUGAAAGACAAUGUAUGAUAAGCACAAUCUGGCACGUACGAUACACUCAGUGCAUGUUAAACAUAGUUUCUUUCAUUUCUGGCAUGACACAUAGAUAUAUUAUUUUACAGAGAUGAUUUGAGCAGGGAUAUUACUUCCAAUGGAUCUGAACAGUUGCACAAAGCCAUAUGGUUUACAAAAUGGAAAACCUACACAACAUGGGACUAAUUUGCGGUGAAGAAGGGUACAUGCAUUCGAUUUGAGUUGGCUGCUUUUGUUGUUUAAUGUAAAAUUGUGUGGCAAUGUUCUGUUAAAUGCAUGCUACUUUUAUUGACUUAGCUAUACAAAGGUAAUAGACACAGAUGUUUAGCCUUAAUUAUAUUACCUUGUUUCCAUCUCCACGAUUGUUCACAGCUGUAUUUUUGGCAUUUUCAUGUAUAGGACGAUAUUUUACCAUGUGCAAUUUUAAGAACUUCUUAGUUCAGCAAGCAUACUGUAUGUUGCUGGAUGAUGCAAUCUGUAUUUGACAAUGCAUGAUCCAUAUCAUAUGUUAUAUUGGAACUGGGCACAAACUUAUUAAGCAACCUGAACUCACUUUUCAAGGUAACACUUAUGUUGAAAGGGCCAGUACUAACAAUCAAAUCCAAUCAAAUGUAUUUAUAAAGCCCUUCUUACAUCAGCUGAUGUCACAAAGUGCUGUACAGAAACUACAGCCUUAUACGCACAACACAGAACACUGUUUAUGACACGCUUUAUGGCAGUAAGCAUUUAUGGCUUUUUUCGACAUACAUGUCCUGAACAGUACUGUAAAUUACUCUUUUACAUGGAAGGAAAACAACUAAAUCCAUGGUCACGCAUGCCUUAUUGAACAGUACUGUAGUUUGGAAGUACAAAUUAUUAUUCAUUCUACAUUUAAUUUAACGAUACAUGUGCACCAAAAUUUCAACUUAAGUGUUACUGCAGAAAUAUAGAUUUAGAGGUGGACCUACAGCAUAUUUAGGAAAAAGUCACCACCUUUGUCUUAAGAGUCCAUAUGCUCCCUGUUUAACUAAAGCAAUAAUGUUAUAAUGACUAUAAUCUUUAUAUAGCCACAGGGUCUGCAGCAGCCCAAUAACCAUUAUAUUUACUGAAUCCAUGGAAUCUGGUUCAACUAAAAGCACCAAUGAUAUUGUAUGAUCCUCAAACUCUUCAGGAAUAAAGAUCUAAGAUCAAUUCUUGACACGUUGACUUAAUGGGACACGGGUAGCUAGCUUUUUGUGGAUACUAUCAAAGAAAUAAAAAGGCUUGUUAUGGAUAUUACAUAUGGUGCAUUCGGAAAGUAUUCAGAACCCGUAACUUUUUCCACAUUUUGUUACGUUACAGCCUUCAUCUAAAAUUGAUUAAAUACAUUUGUUCCCCUCGUCUAGACACAAUACCCCAUAAUGACAAAGUGAAAACAGAUAAAACAUUUUGGGGGUAAAUUUAGAAACAGAAAUACUUUAUUUACAUAAGUAUUCAGACCCCUCUCGAAAUUGAGCUCAGGUGCAUCCUGUUUCCAUUGAUCCUCCUUGAGAUGUUUCUACAACGUGAUUGGAGUCCACCUGAGGUAAAUUCAAUUGAUUGGAGCUGAUUUGGAAAGGCACACACCUGUCUAUAUAAGGUCCCAUAGUUGACAGUCAAUGUCAGAGUAAAAACCAAGCCAUGAGGUCGAAGGAAUCUGUGCCUCGACACAGGAAUGUCUGCAGGAUUGAAGGUCCCCAAGAACACAGUGGCCUCCAUCAUUCUUAAAUGGAAGAAGUUUGUAACCACUAAAACUCUUCCUAGAGCUGGCCGCCCGGCCAAACUGAGCAAUCGGGGGAGAAGGGCCCUGGUCAGGGAGGUGACCAAGAAACCAAUGGUCACUCUGACAGAGCUCCAAACUUCCUUUGUGGAGAUGGGAGAACCUUCCAGAAGAACAACCAUCUCUGCAGCACUCCACCAAUCAGGCCUUUAUGGUAGAGUGGCCAGACAGAAGCCACUCCUCAGUAAAAGGCACAUGACAGACCGCUUGGAGUUUUACAAAAGGCACCAAAAGGACUUUCAGACCAUGAGAAACAAGAUUCUCAGGUCUGAAGAAACAAAGAUUGAACUCCAAUUUAAUCAAUACUGGAAUAAGGCUGUAAUGUAUCAACAAUUUGAAAAAGUCAAGGGGUCUGAAUACUUUUCGGAUGCACUGUAAUAAUAUCUAAAGGUAUGUAUUGAAUGUAUGGAUAAGCACGACUGGCUUUAUUUGAUAAAGUUACCUAAAAUGGUUUAUUAUAUACAGUAAGUCAAUGCAGUAUCAUAUCAAGCUUGCCAUUGGAUUUAAGUCUGUUCUCUAUCCAGAGAUAAGCUUUAGUUCAGAAUCUUAAAUAAGCCUAUGUGACAUGGAUCAUAGUAUCAGAGCUCCUGGUGCCAUUAUCCUCAGUGCUCCUGAAGUAUAGACUAAAUCCUCAUAAUGCACCUUAAAUCACUUACCUCAGCUGAGCCAAUUUCCCUUUAACAUCAAGGAAAUCUUUGCACCAGGUGCCAUUUGCCUUUAUCAUCUGCCCUCAGAACGUCAGUGUCGCUGAGAUCUCUAUCCAGUAAUGACUUCAUAACUGCACCCAGAAAAACUGCACCCAUACUGUAUUCCUUGACUUACUGUAUGUGAACUUUAAAGAUGUACAUCUUUGUCAUAUGUUCUCUUUUCCUACUGUAGGAGAGGCAGGUAAUAGCAGAAACUCUGACUUAUAAUUCUGCUCAGAUGUGUUGGUGGAAUUAGAAUUAGCAGAGCAAUAUGAAUUGAAUGGCUCUGCUGAUGUGUCUCCUUGUUUCAUUGACAUUGCCUGUAUCUGUUGGUACUAACUGUAAAGAGGGCACUACAAUAAAAUGCAAAAUGCUUGUUGAUA